GCUAGGACAAGAUGGAAGAAAGCAGCGACCGCCGGAGAACAAUGUUUUGGCAAUAAAAACCCCAAGCGGCGAAUACAGAAAGAAUACAGGCACAUUUGAAACCAACUGCGGUCAUGCGUAGGAUAGUCUCCUCCUACGUUCAUCAUUAGAUUAAUAACCAUCCUUAUCCCCUGCACAGUGCGUAGCCACCACCAUGAGUAUUAUCCAAGACAAGUUAGGUAAUGAGUUUUUGCGCAAUGGAGGCAUGGACCCCAACUUUGCACCAGGUAUGCUUAUGUUCAGCCAUUUGCCACCAGUCACCAGCUUCACACGACUGGCCUCCCAGUCUGUUAUGGGCGAGCUUCCCCAAGAGAUGAUCCUUAAAAAAGAACGGGACUCGCCUCCAGAACAUCAGGGCACCACUGCCGCAAACUCGGGGGGCUUCCUACACAGCAUGGGCAUUAAACAAGAGCGACUGAGUGAGGUGGAUUACAGGAUGCCCCUCUACAGCGGGGGUGGAGGAGUAGUAAACUGUGCUGGAGGCAGCGCAGGGAAGGGUGGUACUGACAUGCAAGACAUGUCUUUCGGCAACCACCACCAAAGUCACCAGAACAUGCUCCUGCAUGACCUCAGCCUCAGCAAUGUGCGUUCCCUGGGAGAACCGAUGCCUGGAAGACCGGUCAAAGAGCCAAAAGAGUCCUCGGGUAGAAGAGGGCGGAGGAGCAACGGGGACGGGCAAGGGGGCAAAGCUCGAAGGAAACGGAAUGAUGCUGCAAAGGCCAUGAUGUUGGAUGCAGACGGAGCCUGCCUGUCCCCAAACUCAAAACCACAUAUCUGCGAGCACUGUAACGCUGCCUUUCGGAGCUCCUACCACUUGCGUAGACAUGUGCUCAUACACACAGGUGAGAGGCCUUUCCGCUGCAGUCAGUGUAACAUGAGCUUCAUUCAGAAGUACCUGCUCCAGCGGCAUGAGAAGAUCCACAGCGGUGAGUACCAGCAGCAGGCCGACUCUGGAUUUGGGGAAAAGCCUUUCAGCUGCGACCAGUGUAACAUGCGCUUUAUCCAGAAGUACCAUAUGGAGCGGCACAAGAGGACACACAGUGGCGAGAAGCCUUAUCGCUGCGAUACCUGCCAACAAUUUUUCUCGAGAACAGACCGGUUACUGAAGCACAAACGGACAUGUGGAGAAGCCAUAAAGAAGGGUUUAGACCCCAACAUGCUUGAGCUCAGUGAAGCAGAGCUAGGCCAGGGCAGCUAUUCACUCACUCAGGGAAACUCUACCACCUCUGGACGCAAGAGGGGGAAGUCCAAAAACGGUGACGGUAGUGAACGCAAGAGGAAGAAGAACGCCUCGGCAGCAUCGGCCUCAUCUUCUGGGGGUAUGGCCCGUGACCUGGGCCUGCAGGACUUUAACAUGGAGCACCCCUCUGGCUCGGACCCCACCAUGCAGGGGCGUACUCCGAAGCUGGUCUUUAAAAAAACAGGUCGCAAAGGGCUGGACAAGGGCCUCCUCUCCCUGGAAGACAGUUCUGACGGAACAAAACUUUUAGGCCAGAAGCCCGGCCCCAUGGAUCACGUGGAGGGCUCCGGCCUCGAUAACAUGGGUCUUCUCCAGGGACCUGGGGGCAAUAAGUCUGGGCCCACCACCACCAGCAACUAUGACGACGCAAUGCAGUUUGUCAAAAAGCGGCGCUACCUCCACGCAGUUAACAAUGACUAUGGAGCCAGCUCCCUUCACAUGGCGCCCCAGGGCAGCAGUGUUAUCCAGGGCUCCCUGGGGCCGGAGCCCACCCUGGCCAUGCUGGACUCCUCACCACUGGAACUCAAGCACGACAAGUCAGGCAUUCCAGAUGAGGUCCUGCAAAGCCUGCUUGAUCAUUAUAGCCAUAAGCCAGAGGGAACACACCACCAUGAUGUGACUUUUGACCUGUCUGACCACCCGCACCACGUAGACCUCCAACCAGCAGCCCCCGUCACCCCAGAAUUGGAGGACGACUCCCCCAACGGCGGUGACAAAACGGCAGUGAUGAGCGAGUACUCCAAGUUCCUGUUGCAGGCCCUGGAGCGCACCAGCCACAGCGGGGCUUUCCCCGGCCUUGGCCCCACAGGGCCCUUCACACUCCUGUCCAGCAGCUCCAGUCCCACAGGCCCCCUGUUCUCCGACAAACACGUGUACGCCACAUCUCCGCUGGAUUGUGGCUUCCCACCUACUGUCUCCUCUCCGCUGCCCCUGGCACCUUCAUCGGCCUCCUCCUCAUCCUCCUCCAAGUCCCACUAUGGGAUGCUUGUUGGAUCUCCCUCCCAGACAGGCUACCACCUCAGCUUGGAAUCUACUAGUCACCAGCAGCUGACUCCCUCUCAGGAGCUGUCCGAACAGUUGGAGAAGCAGCACUCCCCCGGCACCUUCAGCUUGCCCCCCCAGGAGCUUACUGCCGCAGCAGAGGGCUCCAAGGGGCAGCAGCCUAAAGCUGGGGGCAGCAGCGCCCCCACCAACGGCUCCAGCUACCCAGACCUGUCCCCACUGAACCCACCAAAAGAGCCCACCUACCAGAUCGAGAACUUCGCCCAGGCGUUCGGCUCCCAGUUCAAGUCUGGACGGCGGACCCCUCUGAGCUACGGCAGCGAUCCUGGGGCAGAGAUGGACCACAGAAUACGGACUCCGGUGUCAGAAUUCUCAGGGUAUACGAGUUUGUUGGCUGACGUCAGCGAGCCAGUGAGUACAGGAUCAAAAACCCCGACAAGCCAAAGUUUCAGAUAAGGGUCAAACGAGGUGAAGCCAGUAGGGGUCUGUAGUUACAGUCCACACGGUCCCUACGCCCGCUCCAAGUUUAGUUUCUGUAGCAAAGUUUUGUUUUAUGAACACUGCCAUUAAAUGUUAAUACAAAAAUGACCAGGGAGGGUCUUCUAUGGCCUCAAAUGCAAUUUUUUAAUUAAGAAUAUUCUCGUUUUUAUUAUGUAGUCGCCAAUGUUUUGUUUAAGAUUAGUGAUUUUUGAUAUGACCGUACCGUAGAUUUAAAUGUAAUUUAAAACAUUUAGAGGGUAGCGAUGAACUUGCUCGUUUUUUUAUUUUCCUCCUUUUUCUGUACCAUUGUGUUUUACCAAUCAUCAUACCAUUGUAAAGUAAUAAUGAAUAAUGUUGAUGAUUUCAAUAAUGUUAACAUUGUGGCAGGGAAUGGCCCAGAAUUCAAAUGGCAAAAAAGUAUAUAUUGUCUGUUACAAGAAACGUAUUAACUCAGGAAAAUAGGCAAAAUUGUGUAAUAAGACUUUGUAUUGUGAGAUGCAAUUAGCACAGUUUUUACAGGUGUACUGCAAGACUACAAAGCGUAGAUUUCCUUUUCUUUUUCUUUUUCUUUUUUUUUAACCUGCAAGAACAAAUUCACAAUUCACGAGAACGUUUGGUUUCUUUGUCGAGAUUACGGUACCGUUGACAUCCAGGACUUUUCUGAGAGCCACGUCCACGCGAGUUGGUCAGAAGCGCAGCGGCUUCCUGCCCGCUCCGCUCACACCCAGUGUUUCCAAAUGGACACGUUUCGAUAUGACUGACUGCUGUAGUGUCAACUGACGAAGCCUGGACAGCCGCACACUCCUCCGUAUGCACGUCUGCGUAGCCUCUCAGCCCCCGCGCCGCUGCUGGGCCUCAGCAUUCUGGGGCUGUUUUUAAAAUCAAGUCACCACUUUUCUUUUGUUUUUUUUUACUCUACUUCUUGCUGUUCCCGUUUGUGUCAAUGAAAUCAAACAAGCACUUUUUGAAAACAAAUCAUUGGAAACAACAAUAACCCAGUCAAUUUGCAUAUGUGAUACGUGAUUUUAAUGCUAAUGAUUAUUAUUUUUAAGAGGAGAAAACUGUGAAUGGGAGCUGUGUGGGU